AUUUCAGACAACUGCUCGGAUGAUUGUUCCUCGUCUUCAGAUGAAAGUGAUAUGGACUCUGGCAGCUGUUCGUCCGGAAGUUCAUGCGAAUCCAGCUGCAAUUUGACAGUGUGUACACUAUUCUAAUGAAUUGCCACAAGCAUGAAGCGCUGCGUGAUGAGACCUACUGUCAGGUCAUGAAACAGACGACCAAUAACAAGUCUUCACGCCCGGAUUCUUGUCAGCGCGGCUGGAGGCUCUUCUCCAUCACGGCUGCUUAUUUUAGUUGUUCUGAAGUGUUGAAACCGUACUUGUUCAAGUACCUUGAGACAGCAGCCUACGAUAAACGACGAGCUUAUCACGGAACGGCUAUGGUUUGUCUGCAGAAUUUGCGCAAAACUCUGCGAUAUGGUGGGCGUAAGAACGUGCCCAGCAUCGAAGAGAUCACGGCCAUCACGGCUGGCCGAAAUUCCAAACGUCAAAUGUAUCGACUUCCAGGUGGUACGGAGCGCGUAAUCAACACCAAAUCCACGUCGGUCGUCCAGGACAUAAUCGAAGAGAUUUGUGGUGUGAUCAACGUUCGAUCCGAACAGGAAAUGGAAGAAUAUUCACUGUAUUGCAUCGUGGAAGGUGAUACGUUCACUAUGCCCCUUGCUCGCGAAGAAUACAUCCUCGACGUCACAACCGAGUUGCAGAAGAAUCAACAGGUUUACUACCUGAUCUUCUGCCGUUCAGUCUGGCACUAUCCAAUGUGGCUGGAUAACGCUCUUUACAUUGAAAUCGUCUUCAAUCAAAUAGCACCUGAUUACCUGGAAGAAUUGUUGCUCGUCAUGCCUGGCGAGCAGAUUUCUCAAGAUUGCGUUUAUGACAUUGCAAAAGUUGCUGCUUUACUUCACCGUGCAGCUGAUUUAGACCACAUGCCUACCAUGAAAGAGACCAAAUAUCUAUUGCCGAAGCCGGCCCUCUCUGUUCGUGACAUCAAACCUCCACAAUGGGUUAAUCUGGUCCAGAGCUCUUGGAAAGAAGUCGGAACAUUUUAAACCGUCUCAGGCCAA